UUAGUGCUGUGCCAUAGAUGGCUAUUGAUCUUUAAGUGCGCUCAAAGCUUCAACGCCGUUCAAUUAAUCCGGUCUCCUAACAGAGAUCCUUAUACGUCCAUACUGGUUCGCGCUCCCGAUUCUUUUUCAUCGUCGCGUUGAAAUCGCGUCGCACCGCCGCUGGCUAUCCGCUAUCAUCUGUCCCGGUGAAGUUGUGACGAACUCGUUCAAAACAAAAAUAAAAGGGACUCGGGAAGCCAAACAGAAUGGCACCUCGGUAUGCCGUGUCGGACUCGGACGACGAUUCCGACUCGAGUCAAUCAGCGGCGAUUUCAAAGCCCUCCGAUGGAGCUCUCGAAAAAGCCCUACGCGACGCGGUCGCGCAGAUCUACCGGUCAGGGAAAAUGGAGGAAUUGACUGUCAAGAGAGUGCGAUUGGCGGCAGAGAGAGCACUUGGAUUAGAGGAAGGGUUCUUCAAGGGGGAUAGCGCGUGGAAAGCGAAGAGUGAUCAGAUUAUCAAGGACGAAGUGGAGGAAGGAGAACAAGGAGAACAAGAAGAACAAGAAGAAGAAGAAGAAGAAGAAGAAGAUAUUCACUUGUCUCCCCAAAAGACCGCGAAACCUACCAAACGCGCAAAACCUACAAGUACCCCUACAUCAAGGAAACGCAGAAAGACAGAAACCCCAGAGCCCGAGGCCUCAGACGACAAGGAAACCGGUGCGCUCAGCGACAGCGAGGAUGAGGACGAGGUCAAGAACCCUAGCGGAAGACGGUCAAAAACUGAAUCAGAACGCGCCGACUCGGCCGAUGCAGCCGAGGAAGCCGCCGAUACUGAGAAGGUCGAUUCGGAGAGUGAAAUGUCGGUUGUCCUCGAUGAGGAACCCAAACCCAGCCGCAAACGAGGGAAAAGCUCAGAGAGCACGUCGGCGAAAGCUGAAAUCAAGCGGUUGCAAGGAUGGCUGGUCAAAUGUGGUAUUCGCAAGGUGUGGUCUCGAGAGCUGGCUCCGUAUGAUACACCGAAAGCGAAGGUGAAGCAUCUGAAGGACAUGUUGAAGGAUGCGGGAAUGGACGGGCGCUACUCACUAGAGAAGGCCAAACAGAUCAAAGAGAAACGGGAGUUUGAAGCCGAUCUUGCCAUGAUCAAGGAGGGUGAAAAGCAUUGGGGCCGCGGAAGUGUGGAGGAGGAGAGUGACAGCUCUCGACCUCGACGGAGACUCAAUCGGGGUCGACAGACUCUGGCCUUCUUAGAAAGCGAUGGGGAAGAGACUGAUUGA